CCAUAGCGCUGACGUCAUCCACGUAGUCCUACCUCUUGGUUUUAAUAUCUAUGGUUUCACAGCGUUGUUUCUGAAACCAGGAAGAUGGGUUUGGAAUCGUCGAAAUGGGCUAUAAUAUUCUUCGUUUGUUGGGUUUACAAAAAUGUGAGCUGUAACUCUGUUGAGCAGAAGAUUUAUGUGGAGCUGAAUAACACUGUACCAUGCGUUCGACUGCUCAAUGCUACACAUCAGAUUGGCUGCCAGUCCUCGAUAUCAGGUGAUACAGGUGUGAUCCAUGUCUUGGAGUCUGAGGCAGAUCUCGAAUGGCCUUUGAGCAAAGGACCCAAUCCUCCUUAUAUGGUUCUGUUGGAAUCAUCCCUCUUCACCAGGUCCAUCAUGAUGAAGAUGAAGAAUGAAUCCAAUAGGGUAGCUGGGGUUGCAGUGGUGGUCCCAAAUACUAGCCCACCAGAGUUCUCGCCACACACGACAUGUCCCAAUGAGAACACAGGUGUAUACUCUGACAACUAUGGUCCUAAUUUGGCACACUGUAACACUACUGUAUGGAACCCUCUGGGGAACGGUCUAUCCUAUGAGGAAUUUGACUUCCCUGUCUUCUCCCUGAAAGAAGACAACGAAACAGAGUUCAUCAAACAGUGCUACUUGGACCAUAAUCGCGCAGUGAACGGCAGUGUCCCGCAGUACCCUUUGUGUGCCAUGCAGCUCUUCUCCCACAUGCACGCAGUCACCAAUACUCCAACCUGCAUGAGACGCAACGACAUCAACUUUAGCAUCAACCCAGAGAUGGUGUGUGACCCUCUGGGUGAUUAUAAUGUUUGGGGUUCCAUUCGGCCCUAUAACGACACCGUCUUGGGCCACAAGGAGAACGAGAGCGUUGUUAUAGCAGCAGCCAGGCUGGACAGCAGGGCAUUUUUCUGGGAGGUUUCAACUGGAGCAGAGGGAAGUAUCUCCGGGUUUGUCACUCUGCUUGCUGCUGCCCAGGCACUGCGUGAAGCCACUCACAAGGCCCCUCCCACACGGAAUAUCCUCUUUGCCUUCUUCCAAGGGGAAACCUUUGACUACAUUGGCAGCUCUCGGAUGGUUUACGACAUGGAGAACGGCAAGUUUGUGAUAGACCUGGACAAUGUUCACUCAAUACUAGAGAUUGGUCAGGUGGCCGUGCACAGUGGCACCAACCUCUUUCUCCACUCAGACCCUGUGUCCAGGAGUAACGACACUGUCAAUGACGAGGUUAAGAAUUUUGUGAAAAAUUUACAGUCCUCCACGGCUGGGCUCAGCUUCUUAUUGGUUGAGCCUAAUGUCUCUCAGCCACUCCCACCCUCCUCCCUCCAGCGUUUCCUGCGAGCUCAGCCAAUCCCUGGGAUUGUGCUUGCAGACCACGAAUCCGCUUUCAACAACAGGUACUAUGAGAGUUUUUACGACAAUGCUGCUAACCUGAACCUGACCUAUCCAUCUGACUUGAGUCCAGAGGAACAGCUGGAGUUUGUGACUGAAACUGCAAAGUCCCUUACUGACGUGGCUACGGUGGUUGCACGUGCUCUCUACAAGCAGGCCGGGGGAGACGAUUCCCAAGUCAACACCAUCAAGGCAGACCCCAAAAUAGUCACCCAGAUGCUGUAUGGGUUUCUGGUUAGUUCCAACAACAGUUGGUUUCAGGCAGUGAUGGCCCCAGAACUAAAGAACAUUCUCAAGCCCAGCCCACCAGAGUACUAUGUUGGUGUUGUCAUGUCUUCCACUCCAACUCGUCUGGUCCAGUACCUCCUGGCCAAUUUAACUGGAGCAGCCACCAACCUCACCCAGAGUCAGUGCCAGAAGCCAGAUGAGCUGCCGAACGAGAGCAGACAGAUGUACUCCUAUCUCUGGGUUCAGGGCAUUGUCCCACCCAACAGCACCCAGAGGGAUUCUUUCUGCGUACGUGCAUCGGUACGCCUGACCAAAGCAGUGUCCCCUGCCUUCGAGCUGGGAGAGUAUGCUUCUAAAGACUAUUCCACGUGGACAGAAUCACGGUGGAAGUUCAUCAAAGCUCGAAUUUUCCUAGUAGCGAGCCGGGACUUGGAGAUGCUGACCUUAGGCGUGGGAGUGGCUGUGUUGUUCACAUCCCUACUGGUGACAUACUUCAUCAGCACCAAGGCAGAUGUCCUCUUCAGCUCCACGAGGGAACCCGCUAGCGCCGCCUAUUGAUUACCUCCAGGCGUUUUAACCUGUGACCAGCGACCACUACUCUCCCAACCAAACAGGAACAAACAGCAUUUUUUUUUUUUUUUUUUCACACGAUAGGCAGACAGGCAAAGAAGUUAAGCAGAAUAGAUUGUUUUAUCUGUGUGAGCCUGAUGGAUUUACACAGAUGAGGUUUAACACAUAACUGGAAUUGACUGGCCCGGAUGCAUCCGGACUCAUCAGGGUCAGAUUGCACUGGUCUAUGCCAGUGUAAAAGAUGUUCAUAUUAAUUUUUUUGUUCAGUCAAAUAAUGUUUUGUUUACUGUAUCAAUGAAGUAGGCGUUAAGCUUUGUUUGAAUGUGUGUGCUUGCGUGCGUGCGUGCAAUGUGUGUUAGUGGGAGGUGAGUGAGUGCUUGCAAGCGUGUGCAAGUGUAUAUGUUGAGGAUGUGGUUGUAGUAUGUGCAGUACCUUUCUUUUCUCUGUCUGUAGUAUACUGAUCUAUAAUUUCUAGGGAGAAUGAAACCUUACGUCUGGCAAAUAGACUUUGGAUGUGGGUUUAGCUGAAUGACCACUACAGCUGUUUUCACACAGGCAGCCCAAUUCUUAUAUUUACAUCAGAUCUUUUUCAGAGCUGAUCUCAUUGGUCAAAAGACCAAUUAGUGAAGAAAAUAUCAGAAUUGAGUGUCUGAACACAUCCUGAUAUGCAUUAAAAUGUGUAUGUCAAAAUGGUAUUAUUUUAUUUUGUUUGCAGUCUAUAAAAAUCUACUUUGUUAUUUUAAAUCUAUUAAUAAUUUGCAGGAUCAUGCCCCCCAGAGGUUUUUAUGUAUUGAUGGAAAAGUCAAAUGAUACGGGGUGUGUUUGUAAGUGAAGGUGAUCUCUGACCAACAGGGGAAUAAAUGUGAUUAUUGCCUUGAUAACUAAAUAAACAUGGCUUUUCCAAUC